GUAUUACAACUACAAAAAAUUCUUUAGCAUCGUUCUGAUGGCCGUUUCUGAUGCCAGUAAGCAUCGGGAGUUAUGGUAGUCAGAGUGACGGAGAAGUUGAUGCAAAAUACUUUGCCACUACCGCCUCCCGCGCGUAUAUCUAUGGAAUCGCCCCAACCAUUACCACAUUUUUUCGUUGGUGAUGCUGCAUUCCCAUUGAGAACAAACUUGAUGCGUCCAUAUCCCGGUUUUAACUUACCAAGAACCAAGCGGAUUUUUAAUUAUCGCCUUUCAAGAGCGCGUAGUGUAAUAGAGAACAGCUUUGGAAUAUUAACGGCGCGAUGGAGAAUUCUUCGCACCUCGAUUGAAUGUGACCCUAAAAAUUGCGAAAAAGUAGUGCUAGCCUGCAUUGUUUUACACAAUUUUAUAAUUUUAAACGAUCACAAUCGUUGGUAUUGCCCUGAAAAUUAUGUUGAUCGACAAGAACCAGGCAACAUCGUUCAUUGUGGGGAAUGGCGACGGGAAAUUAAUAUAUUAGCAUCUCUUUUUCAAGAGAUCGAUUGCUUCCAAGAUGCCAUUCUCAACCUCAGCACUUCUGUCGCGUUUUUUCCGCUAGGUCGUUGUGACUGGGGUGGAGAUGUCGCUGAUGUUGAUGGCAAUGGGGAAUCUACAUCAUCAAAAAACUCUUCUUCUGGCACUAUUGGUGGCAAUGGUGAGAGCAUAGAAGUAGCAAUUGAAGGCGUAAGCGAAGCUACACAUUUUGUGAGCACCUAA